GCCCGCCCGCAGUCCGCGCCUCCGCCUGAGUCCCGCGCCCGGCCCGCCGAUCCUCGGCCCGCGCCCCCGGCCAGCCCGCGCCAUGGACCCGGGCCGCGGCGGCGUGGAGACCGUGGGCCGCUUCGAGUUCUCCCGCAAGGACCUAAUCGGCCACGGCGCCUUCGCGGUGGUCUUCAAGGGUCGCCACCGCGAGAAACAUGACCUGGAGGUCGCGGUCAAGUGUAUUAAUAAGAAGAACCUGGCCAAGUCCCAGACGCUGCUGGGCAAGGAGAUCAAGAUUCUCAAGGAGCUGAAGCACGAGAACAUCGUGGCGCUGUACGACUUCCAGGAAAUGGCCAAUUCUGUCUACCUGGUCAUGGAGUACUGCAACGGUGGUGAUCUAGCCGACUACCUGCACACCAUGCGGACCCUGAGCGAGGACACCAUCAGGCUUUUCCUGCAGCAGAUCGCUGGUGCCAUGCGGCUGCUGCACAGCAAGGGCAUCAUUCAUCGUGACCUGAAACCACAGAACAUCUUGCUGUCCAACUCUGGGGGGCGCCGUUCGAACCCCAACAACAUUCGCGUCAAGAUUGCUGACUUCGGGUUCGCCCGCUACCUGCAGAGCAACAUGAUGGCGGCCACGCUGUGCGGCUCUCCCAUGUACAUGGCUCCCGAGGUCAUCAUGUCACAGCACUACGACGGGAAGGCAGACCUGUGGAGCAUCGGCACCAUCGUCUACCAGUGCCUGACAGGAAAGGCCCCGUUUCAGGCCAGCAGUCCUCAGGACCUGCGACUGUUCUAUGAGAAAAACAAGACACUGGUCCCUGUCAUCCCCCGAGAGACCUCGGCACCCCUUCGGCAGCUGCUGCUGGCACUCCUGCAACGCAGCCCGAAAGACCGCAUGGACUUUGAUGAGUUCUUCCACCACCCUUUCCUGGACACCAGCACCUCCAUUAAGAAGUCUCCGCCCGUGCCUGUGCCCUCUUACCCCAGCUCCGGGUCGGGUAGCAGCUCCAGCAGCAGCUCCACCUCACACCUGGCUUCCCCUCCGUCUCUGGGGGAGAUGGCACCGCUGCAGAAGACACUGACCUCCCCAGCUGAUGCCUUCUUGCACGGCUCUCGGGAUUCGGGCGGCAGCAGCAAGGACUCCUGUGACACUGACGACUUUGUCAUGGUCCCUGCUCAGUUCCCAGGUCAUUUUCCUUUGGGAGCCCCAUCUGGGAAGUGCAGGUGGAACUCAGGCCUGCAGUCCUGUGGCACAGUGGGCUCUGGAGGGCGCGGUCACCUGGCCAGAUUUCGUAUCUCCACAGGUGACCUGGUGGCUGAGGGGGCCUGUGCCAAGCCCCCGCCUGAUAGCCUGCUCUGUAGUGGGAGUUCACUGGUGGCCUCUGCAGGGCUGGAGAGCCAUGGUCGGACACCGUCCCCUUCCCCACCCUGCAGUAGCUCCCCCAGCCCCUCAGGCCGGGCUGGCACCUUUUCCAGCAGCAGGUAUGGCGCGUCUGUCCCCAUCCCCGUCCCCACUCAGGUGCACAACUACCAGCGCAUUGAGCAGAACCUGCAGCUGCCCAGCCAGCACCACACCCCCCGGUCCUCUGCCAGCCGCAGGUCGGGAGGCACCAGCCCCCUGGGCUUUGCCCGGGCCAGCCCAUCACCCCCAUCCCAUGCUGAUGGCACUAUCCUUGCCAGGAAGUUGUCUCUGGGUGGGGGCCGACCCUACACACCAUCCCCACAGGUCGGAACCAUCCCUGAGCGGCCUGGCUGGAACAGGGCACCCUCCCCACAGGGAGCCGAGGUGCGGGCUAGCAGGUCACCACGACCAGGCUCCUCUGUGCCUGAGCACUCCCCCCGCACUCCGGGUCUGGGCUGCCGCCUGCACAGCGCCCCCAACCUGUCGGACCUGCAUGUCGUCCGCCCCAAGCUGCCCAAGCCCCCGACGGACCCCUUGGGAACUGCCUUCAGCCCCCCACAGCCUGGCCCCUGCCCAGCUGCCCCUGUGCUGCAGUCUUGCCGGCCCCUGCGUGGCUCACCCAAGCUUCCGGACUUCCUGCAGCGGAACCCCCUGCCCCCCAUCCUGGGCUCCCCCACCAAGGCCAUGCCCACCUUCGACUUCCCCAAGGUCCCUAGCUCCCCGAACCUGUUGGCUCUGCUGGCUCGGCAGGGUGUGGUGGUGACACCCCCCCGGAACCGGACACUGCCUGACUUCUCGGAGGUGGGGCCCUUCCAGGGACAGCAGCUGGGCUCUGGCCUAAGGCCAGAGGACACCAGGGGCCCCUUUGGCCGGUCGUUCAGCACCAGCCGCCUCACUGACCUGCUCCUCAAGGCUGCAUUUGGGCCGCAGGCCUCAGACUCGGGCAGCUCGGACAGCCUGCAGGAAAAGCCCAUGGAGAUCGGACCCUCUGCUGCCUUUGGGGGAAACCUGCACCCAGGAGCCCGUGCUGGAGGUGCCAGCAGCCCUGCCCCUGUGGUGUUCACAGUGGGCUCGCCCCCUAGUGGAACUACACCACCCCUGGGGCCCCGUGCUCGGGUGUUUUCAGUGGGCUCUGCUGGCUCUUCCUCUGCCCGCCACCUAAUGCCUGGGGCCUGUGGCGAGGCUGCCCCCGAAUUCACUGCCCCAGGCCACUGCUGCAGCACUGGUGACCCCCUGUCUGCCCACCUGGAUGGGGCUAUAACCUUUGAAGCCCCUGACCUCCCCGAGGAGACCCUUAUGGAGCAAGAACACACGGAGAUCCUGCACAGCCUGCGCUUCACGCUGGUGUUUGUGCAGCACGUGCUGGAGAUCGCGGCCCUGAAGGGCAGUGCCAGCGAGGCGACCGUGGGCGCAGAGUACCAGCUGCAGGAGAGCAUGGUGGCUGACCAGAUCAGCCUGCUGAGCCGCGAGUGGGGUUUUGCAGAGCAGCUGGUGCUGUACCUAAAGGUGGCUGAGCUGCUGUCCUCAGGCCUGCAGACGGCCAUUGACCAGAUCCGGGCUGGCAAGCUGUGCCUGUCGUCCACUGUGAAGCAGGUGGUGCGCAAGCUGAACGAGCUGUAUAAGGCCAGUGUGACGUCCUGCCAGGGCCUGAGCCUGCGGCUGCAGCGCUUCUUCCUGGACAAGCAGCGGCUGCUGGGCGGCAUCCACAGCGUCACCGCCGAAAGGCUCAUCCUCAGCCACGCUGUGCAGAUGGUGCAGUCGGCUGCCCUGGAUGAGAUGUUCCAGCACCACGAGGGCUGCGUGCCACGCUACCACAAGGCCCUGCUGCUCCUGGAGGGGCUGCAGCACAUGCUCACGGACCAGGCCGACAUCGAGAACAUCACCAAAUGCAAGCUGUGCAUCGAGCGGAGACUCUCAGCGCUGCUCUCUGGUGUCUGUGCCUGACGGGUUGCUGGUGAGCCCUGCAGGGGGCUCCACGCGCUGCUGGAUGGUGGCCGGCCUGCCAGCCUUGGCCCUGAUCCCUGGUGCUGAGCAGCUGCCUGGGUCCUGGUGGGGCCGUCGCAGGCGGCACCACGUCCUGCGUGCUGGUUUCUUCCUGCUGUGGGCUGCGCUGCAUCCUCUCGGGCGCUUCCCACUUGUGCUGGUGCUGGGAGCUGGUGAGCAGGCGUGCAGCCGCACUGCCGCCCCUGUGCCCAGGGCAAUGCUGAAGACAGGCGGGCCCUGGGCUGGUGUCGCUGACUCUAAGCCAAAGCGAACUCUUCCGGGUCACUGCCCAUGGCUCCCAAGAAGGGGCAUGACCUCGGGCCCACAGCCCUCUGGGAACCUGUCCCCUUGACCCCCACUCAGCUUUGUAAAUCACCAAGCACUUUAUGCAGACAGAACCCAGCCUCAGUGCCGUCCCCAUACAAGCGACGGGGAGCUGUCUCCUCUCAGUUGUACAUGUUCACGUGUGUAUACCUGUACAUAGCCCUGUGUGUACAUGUGUACAUACAUGUGUAUACCUAUACAGAGCCCCCGUGUCCAUGUGUACAUACAUGUAUACCUAUACAGAGACCCAUGUGUGUGCCUCUGGGGGCAUCAGUGUGGCUUCUGUGUCCACAGGAGCAGUGGCCCUUGUAUUUAAUGUUUUCCUAGGGACGGUGAAACACCUGUGCUUUCUAGACUCAGAACAGAUGUAACUUUUCACUCUUCUAAAAAUGUGUCUUAUUUUUCUGCAGCUCAUUCUUUUAGAAGCAACCCUUUAGGUGUUUCAUGUUGCUUGGGAGGGUGGGAUGGUUGGGGCAGGCCUGGACUCAGCUGUGUGUGCUGGACAGUGGCAGCAGGAGGCUCCAGUCUGGUUGCAUGUAUGAGGCCUGCCACCUGGAGAGAGAGAGUGAGUGUGUGUGUGUGUGUGUGUGUGUGUCCGUGUCCAAGUACUGGCUGCCCCAUGCCCUGCAGGUCGGGCCAUGCUGUUGCCUUCCCCAGCUAGACAAGAUAGGCAGGUCAGGGUGGGUUUUCUGUGCAACAAGGAAAUACCCAUAAUGCAGAAUGCAUUGAGCUUUGCCGUUCUUGUGCCAGGCGGCCACCAAGGCCACAGAUUUCAUCUGAGGUGGGCAUAUGCUGGGUACCCUGGUCCAUAACCCAGCAUAGCCCUGCCCAGACCUACUUGAAUGUAUCCACAAAUUCCUGCAGGAGGGCAUAUGGGUCUGCGGUGCCCAUGAGCCGACCCAAAGAUCAUAUGCCACACAGAACACGUGUUUUCUUUGUGAUACUUGAAGUAGUGCCACUGAGCUGGGAUACAACACAGGUCCCUGGAGGGUCUGCUCUGCGACUCACCCUGCUGCAUGUGACCUUCAUAUUUAUUACUUUGUGGCUGAUAGACACCUGGGCUAUGGGAGACUGCAGGAAGCACCUGUCCCCUGACGUCCCGGUGGCUGCUGGAUGUGUGGUGGCUGUGUUGGGAGCAGCUCCUGCUGUUCACAAUCAAGUUCAGCUGUCGCGACUGCAUUCUGUGUGAAUCCCCAUCCUGUUGUGUGACGCGGGAAUAAACCUUUGGAAUUGUUGA